AUGAAAGCUUCCACCGGGGGCGAGGCCACGCUGCCUUCGAAAAUCCCUUUCUGGCGCUUGAUCUUCGACCAAAAGGUCAUCACCGAAGAAGUCAUGCAAUUUACCUACGCAGGUUCAGGCACCGAAGACGAUCCAUAUGCCGUUGUCUGGAUCCCUGCCGACCCACGCAACCCUAUGAACUUCCACCCGAUCAGGAAAUGGUCUAUUACACUCCUAGUAUCAUUUGUGACUCUCGCAGUAUCAUUGGUCUCAUCCGCAUUUUCAGGCGGAAUGAGCCAGAUCAUGGAAGACUUUGAUUCAUCCCAGGAAAUUGUCAUUCUAGGCGUAUCGCUCUUCGUGCUCGGAUUCGCUAUUGGGCCCUUGAUCUGGGCACCUCUUAGUGAGAUCUUCGGCAGGAGACAUAUCUUUACUAUUUCUUUUAUGUUCCUCACUGUCUUCAAUGCGGGCGCUGCGGGCGCUAAAAAUAUCGAGACACUCAUUAUCUUACGUUUCCUGGCGGGUUCCUUUGGAUCUUCCCCGUUUGGAAAUGGAGGCGGCACUAUUGCGGAUAUGUUCCCAGCAUCUCAGCGUGGUAUUGCCAUUAGUCUUUUUGCUGCUGCGCCCUUCCUAGGACCGACACUAGGCCCUGUGAUUGGAGGAUUUCUAGCUUCUGCUGCCGGUUGGAGGUGGGUGGAGGGACUACUUGCUGCGUUCUCGGGCCUGCUCUGGCUAUGUAUUAUCUUCUUGUUACCAGAGACAUACGCACCUGUCCUCCUACGCCGUCGUGCAGAAAAGAUGUCUUCCUUAACUAGCAAAGUGUAUCGCAGUCAGUUUGACAUCGACCGUGGCCCAGCGCCUAUGGGAAAGACGCUGAAAACUGCGCUUUCUCGCCCGUGGAUCCUGCUCUUCUGUGAGCCAAUUGUGCUUCUGUUCUCCAUAUAUAUGGCAAUUAUCUAUGGCACACUCUAUAUGCUCUUCGCCGCAUACCCAAUCGUCUUCCAAGAAGUCCGCGGAUGGAGCGAAGGCGUUGGUGGCCUCGCUUUCCUUGGUAUCCUUGUCGGUAUGGUGAUGGCCGUGAUAUACACAUUCCCCGAGAAUAUCCGCUACGCCAAAAAGUGCAGCCAGACCACCGACCGGCUCGCUCCCGAGCUGAGAUUACCCCCAAGCAUGAUCGGCGGCAUCGCACUGCCCAUUGGUUUAUUCUGGUUUGCCUGGACCAACUCCCCUAGCAUCCACUGGAUGGUCUCCGUCGCAGCAGGAGCACCAUUCGGUUUCGGCAUGGUUCUCGUAUUCCUCAGCGUAUUCAACUACCUGAUCGACUCAUACACCAUCUUCUCUGCCUCUGUCCUAGCCGCGAACUCCGCCCUACGCUCACUAUUCGGCAUGGCCUUCCCGCUCUUCACAACAUACAUGUACCAUAAUCUGGGCAUUCACUGGGCCUCUUCGAUUCCGGCAUUUCUGGCACUCGCAUGCAUUCCCUUCCCGUUCUUCUUCUACAAGUAUGGAGCGCGAAUCAGACAGCGCUGCAAGUACGCUUCUGAAGCGGAUGCCUUCAUGCGUCGCCUUGCUGAGAGGAACCGAGCGCUCCGUCGUGAAGAGCCUUUUUCACAGAAGGACGAGAAGACAGAGGUGGUUCUGGUACCUGAUGGUGAGGACUCUAGUGAUAGUGAUGCUCUGUCUGCUGUUCCAUCACGCGGCACGAUCGCGCGUUAUGCGUCCCGCGCGUCUCGGCACUCUGGUCGGUCUUUGAAUCGCGUUGCGACUGCGACGCAAUAUGAGGAGAACCCUUAUGACUUAGAUCUGGUCAAUACUCGACAAUCGGCUAUCAGCCGCAAGGAUUGA